UUCUUGAAGGUUGCAAGAUACUGCUGGUGAAGCGGUGUUUGGCUACUUAGGUUCGUGUUCUCUGUGCAUCGGAAGCCAGGCACCUCCGAUCACCCACCACCUGAGCUCCACUCGUUACGACUUUCGAUGGCGGAGGAAGAAGAAGUGAUCUUCGAAGUGGAAGCCCUUCGAGCCGUUUACGACGACGAUUGUUUGGUGAUACAGAGCUUCCCUCCUCAUAUCCAUGUUCACAUAAGGCCACGAACGGCUGAUGAUUCAUCACAACAGUUUGUGGAAGUUAUUCUUGGAAUACGAGCAGGUGCUGAGUACCCUAAGGAACCACCUCAUAUUGAUAUUAUAGAAUCAAAGGGCCUUGAUGGGAAACGUCAAGCACAUCUGUUUACUAGUAUUCAGGACAAAGCUCGUGAACUCUCCUCAUGUCUAAUGCUUGUAGCACUUUGUGAGGAAGCAGUGGAGAUGCUUUCUAACAUGAAUCAUCCUGAUGGAGAUUGCUCGUUAUGUCUAUAUCCCUUGGUUCCAGAAGAUAAGGGAACUGCUUUAUUGCCAUUUAUGAAGCUGAUGUCCUGUUUUCACUGUUUUCACAGCGAAUGCAUUACUAGAUGGUGGAAGUGGCUCAAAGAGCAAAAUACAACGAGCUCAAACAAUUCUUCGGAUUCAACUACCCUUCCUUCCAGAGAUUUAGGACGCUCACAAGAUGUGAGUGGAUUGAUGGAGAAUCUGGGAAAAUGUCCUGUUUGUCGCAAAGUUUUUUAUACCAAGGAUAUUGAACAUGUGGUUGACUUGGUUGAAUCCUCUUUAUCUCAGUUGGAUUUUCAAGGAGCAGAAGCGGAUGAUGAUGGUGAGCUUCUCCAUUCCGAUGUGGAGAAUAUCAGAAGACAGAAAUUUGAGGCUGUAUUGAAAGUUCAACAAGAAAACAGUGGCCUCAAUGAGCCCAAAAAAGAUAAAGUCCUAUUGCCAGGAAUGUUUCUUAGUUUAACCAUUGCACAGUCUAUGACAUCCACUGAACAUCCCAUUGAGCAACAAAGCAAAGAUGCAUCUUGCACAGCUACUAUGAAAACAAAUUCCAGUGGAUCCUCAAACAAGCCUAGCACUAUGAUAUCCACCAAAGAUCCGAUUGAGCAACAGAGCAAAGAUGCAUCUUGCACAGCUACUCUGAAAACAAAUUCCAGUGAAUCCUCAAACAGGCCUAGCACUAGUGAGCACAAGAAACUCGGCAUGAGAAGGUACAGAGCCCAGAAUCCAAAAAAACAGUUGAAACAGUGGGUUAAGAAGGACACUCUUUAGAAUAAGCUCAUAGCAGGUUUUUGUGUUGCAUUUAAAUUAUUUCAAAAUGAAAAUAGCAUAAAAUAUAAGGGUGGUAAAGAAAGAAAAUUUUUCUUUUUGGUUAUGAGCUCCAAGUACUUAUAUGGUUAUAUUAUGGGAUGCCCUCUAAGAAACUAAAGGUUGCUAUGGGGUCCCAUCUUUACUUUGUAUAUGAUUUUCUCAAAGCAAGACAUGGGGUAUAACAUACAUUACAUUGUUCUUCUUGGAUAUAGUGAUCUAUUCUUUUGGC